AUGGACAAAGAGAUGAAGAAUAAAGCUAGGAAUGCACGUUGUGGUGCAAAAGGUGCUCUGACGAGAGCAAUGAAUGUUACAAAUGAACUGAUUGAAGCAAGUCGUUCGAAAAGUGAAGUAAAACAAGCCUUUGAAGAGUUACAAUGGGCUCAUGAAGGAUUAGUGAUGAAACAUGAAGAAUUUACUAUGUUAUUAGAUGAUGAAGUGUUCGAAGAAGCUGAAAAAUGGAUGCAAGUCUGUGCAAGUGAUUACGUAGCCUUUACUAUGCGUUAUCAUGAUUAUAUAUUAAGAAAAUAGAUGAGGAGAAAAGUAAACAGAAUGUCAGUGACAGUGUCAUUGGUGAAUCGAGUGAAGAGACCAAUGAGGAAAGUAAUGGUAGUCAAGGAAGUAACAAUCUGAUCGAACAGUCUACUGUUUUUAAUGAGAAUAAUCACCCAAGCACAAUGCAAAACCCUGAAAUGAUACAAUACAGUCAGAGUUCAGCUAAGCCCUUUACUGUUAAGCAUGAAAAAGCCAAAUUACCUGUGUUUGCUGGUGAUGUUCGACAAUAUUUCAUAUUUAAGUCGGAUUAUAAACACGCUGUCGAAGCAGAAUUGUAUCAGACACGAUUACCCUAG